UCAAAACUUUCAAAAAUUUGUUAAAAUCAAGAAAAGUAGAAUUUGUAGAAAUUCAUAGUAGCUAAAAAUUCAGUCUUUCAAAAUUAUUUAGUACGCCUAUUUAAUAGCCUAUGCUAUUAGGAAAAAUUAAAUCUAAAUCUGUUCGUAACAACCGAAGUAUUACCAUUGGAGUUUAAAACAAAUACCAAGUCCGCAGUAAACAGUUAUUUCGAGGAGCGUAUCAAAAAAAGAAUGAAAUGAAGAAAGCAAGUCUUUUAAGUAAGCGAAACUCCAUCUCACCUGAAACAGGGUCAUCAUAUAAAUCUUCAGAUAAAAAUUUUCCAAAAAGCAGAAAUGUGGAAACUUCAAACGGUUUAGCAAAUGUUGAACUGAAUGGGGAUCCACCUCUUACGUUUGAUGAUAGUUUUGAAGAAGUUAAUUACAUGCGAGUCCCAGCAAAUAUAGAUGCCGAUGAAGAAAUAUUAAGUGAGGCGAAAACAAGCAACCCGCCCUGUUAUAAAUCGAAAGAUAACUUCGAGCAUGUUCAUGAUUCAUCAAAUGAAAAUUUCUAUACUGCAGAUAUGAUUGUACAUAUAGAAUCGAAAUUAGAUGCACCCUUAAAUGAUGUUGAGAAGAAAUCGCCUAAAGAGGUAAGGGUCUCUAAGGGUACAGUCUCUACUGGAGCUAAGUCGAAGGAAAACUCUAAAAUAUGCCUUACGCCAAACUACAGUGAAGUAAUCAAAACCUCUAGUAUAAACUCACUUGACAGGAGUGACUUCAACAGGGUUAUUCAUAGACAACAUCUAACAAAUGAAAUAAUAGAUUUCAAUGAUAGGAUUAGCACAGAAUCGAACAUUGACAUUACAACUACUCCAGUUACUGCUUCAAGCUUAAGUCUUGCCAGUAGAGAGAGAAAGGAAAACCCAGUCACUUCAAGUGUAAUAACUCCAGCUGACCAGCUUAAAAUGCAAACAAAACGAAGUAAUAGCAUAUGUCAAAAUCAUUCCGAGGACGAAUUUAAUUAUAUACAUGAAGAAGUUAUCUCUGAAAGUGCCAAAAAAAUCACAAGUAUUGCUUAUAAAGAGCUUUCCACCAAAUCUGCUAGAGUUCGUCACUCAAGUAGAUUCUCUAUUUUCCGUUGUUUGUGUCAUCUUUUCCAUAAACGAAAUAAGAGACAUAACAUAUCUAAUAAGAAGAUUCAUGCGGUAAUAAAUAAAACUUAUUUUAUCAACUGGGUUCGCCAAGAAGUUGAUGGAGAUCCUGCUUGUGAACGUUGUUGUGAAAAAAAGUCUACAAUUAAACGGUCACAAUCGAUAUGUUUUUAGACAGUAAACAACAAUCUUAUUUUUCAUGAUUUGUCAUGUUUUAUUUUGACUAAAGAAAUUAAAAUCG